GUGAAAGGCUUGCUGCUCGAGUAUGUUCCCGGUCCGACGCUCACGGAGAUGCCGGAUGUCAUACCAAAAGAGAGCUGGCAGGGCAUCGUUGACCAAGCGGUGGGGGUCGUGCGUGCGUACUCGCAUCUGGGCAUCUUAAACAAAGACGUGCGGUGUUCAAACUUUGUGAUCAACGAGAGUGUUCCGGAUGGAGACGAGAGAAGAGUUAUGAUGGUGGACUUUGGACUUUGCGAGUUCAGGCCAGAGGGCAUGAAGGAUGAGGAGUGGGGUAGGAAAAAGUGUACUAAAGACGAGGAGGGGGCUGUG